AUGGAUGUUGCGACUAGUGGGUCGGUCGCCACGAUAAAGCUUCCCAACAUAGCAGAAGCUCUCGGUCGCCAUCCAAAUGUAUCAAUUCGCAUCAUCGUAACCAAAUCAGCGGAGAAGUUCCUCAUCGGUCAAAGCCCUGAGCAGCCGCCCCUCGAGAGAUUGCGUCAACUACCCGGGGUCGACGGAAUAUACCGAGAUGAAGAUGAAUGGAAAAAACCAUGGGUUCGUGGGGAGCCAAUCUUGCAUAUCGAGUUGAGAAAAUGGGCCCAUUUGUUGCUUAUUGCCCCCCUUUCUGCAAACACAAUGGCCAAGAUGAUUGUUGGCAUUGCAGAUAACCUCCUUCUCUCGGUUAUCAGAGCAUGGGAUACGGCUGGUUUGGUAGAUUUCACCAUAAAAACCCAGAAGCCUCUUGUCUUCGUCGCCCCUGCGAUGAACACUGCGAUGUGGGGUCAUCCAGUCACAAAAAAACAGCUCACUAUAUUACGAGACGAAUGGGGAUGGAGUAAUUCGAAUAAAGACGGCUGGGUCUACCUUCUUCAUCCCAUAGAGAAAUCUCUCGCUUGUGGAGAUACAGGGAACGGCGCGAUGAUGGAUUGGAGAGACAUAGUUGAGGCAGUGGAGGAUUACACGGGCUUAAAAACGAAAAGCGCAGAUAUCAGAGAGGACUGA